AUGGCACCAGAAAAACCCCCCGGCGUGGUGCAGUACCGCAAGUUCUCUCAGGAUGAUUUACCAGAAGAGGCACCGCCAAGUCGAAGCGAAUUGCUUAUCGAAGAGCCAGUGUUCGAGGAGCCGCAGAGGAAGCGAGUUGGUGAAAAUGUUUGGUAA